CUCUUCUAAGAUUCCUCUCCUCUCUAUACAACCAUUAACCCAAAUAAACCCAAUUCUCAUCAAACCCUAACUCAAAAGGUGUAAAUUUUUUCCGUUAAGAUUUUGUUCAUCACUUUAACCUACACCGGACAGUCUGACUGUUGAUUUUCUUUUCUGAUUUGUCAAAGAAGGUAUGAAGAUGUCUCUGUCUGAAUCAUCAUCAUCAUCAAGCAACAAAUUUUUGAAGAAGAAAGCCUUAAACAGCACAUAUUUCACAGAGGAUUUUUGGUUUCAGAUCUUUCCUUAUUUUCCUCUGAAUCUCAUAUUUAAGUUCAAAUGUGUCUCUAAGGUAUGGAAUCUGCACCUCUCUAGCCCUAAUUUCAUACACAAAUGGAUUCAAUUCAAUAAUAAUAAUCUCUGCCCAUGGAUCCUAUUUUACAUUUUUAAACAGAAUUCGUUGAGAAAGUUUUCAAUUGCAUAUCUUGGUUCUCAUUCCCAAUUUAUUUCUAAUCACAAUGGGUUUUCUUUUCAAUUCUUACCAAAUUCAAACAGUACAUUAUACUUUUUAGGAUCAAGUAAUGGUCUGGUUUUAUGUCUUAGAAAUUCAAUUCAUUAUGUCUGUAAUCCACUUACUCAAAAAUGGGUUGAACUUCCUACUACACCACAUCGAUAUGAUACGGAAAGACUUGCAACUUUAACUGGUUUCGUAUGCGAGUGUUCUUCGGAACACACAAGUUAUAAGGUUGUGCGGAUACUUCCAUGGCAAACGAAUUCGAACAAAUUCAAUAUUCAAAUAUUUUCUUCUGAUUUGGGUAAAUGGGAAUUCUAUGAUAUUUUCUGUCCUGAUGGUGUUACUUUGAUAUCCAUUCGAGGUGCCUCUGUUGGAUUACCCACUGGUGGUGUGAUUAUCCAUAGAAAUAUGCGAUACUGGAUGGGCUGGUAUAAUAAAAUUUCAGCAUAUGAUCUAGGGAACAAUGAAUCUGAAUUUCGUCAAUGUAGGAUGGUUGUGUUGCCUGACAGGGGAAUUGGUUCCACUCGUUGUCUUGGGGAAUCAAAUGGAUCUAUCUUUUGUGCUCAAAUGAGAAGACAUGAGGCGACUCUAUGUGUCUGGGUGCUCCAGGAGGAGAAUUUCUGUUUGUUGCACAACAAUAUUGACUUACAUGAUCUAUUUGCCGAAAUUAGUAUCAAAUUAAGUGCAAAUUCUGUUGGUGUUAGAUGGGGUGACAUAAUUAAAGUUAUCGGUUUCAGUCCAGUUGACAGUAAUGUUGUUAUAAUCAGUUACAAGAACUAUGUUUAGGUAUACAAUGCUGGAACCAGAAAAUAUGAUGAGCUCUGUCAUCCUUCUUUCCUCGGUAACGAACAUUCAACUUCUGAUAUUGCCUACUUGCCACUAUUUCUGAAGCCAAUGCCAACCAUACUUGCACCUCGGUCUUGACAGGCACAUACUAGUGGCUUCAACAUAUGGACCAUCAGUCAUGACUAUGUUAUUGGCCCGUAACUUAACAACAGGCACUGAUAGGAGUACGACUAGCCAAAAGUCCUUCGCAGUUACUGGAAAUUCCCUCAAUUUCUUCUUCAUUGGUUCAAGCUCUAAAUGACCAACUUCAGGUUUUGCUAACCUUUUUUUGUGUGGCUUAUUUAAGUAUUUAAGAAAUCAUACAUUCCUAAAUUUUGAUUGUCAGUCGUUGAUUGUUCACAAUCAGCUCUAGGUACCAU